AUGUCGGAAUCUUCGAAGUUUAAAUCUUCUAAUUUGAACGCUACUCCAACUCUACAAUGCAAAGACCUCCAUGAGUAUCUUAAGAGUAGAUCUUCUCAAUUCUUAGAAAAUUUAUACAACUAUCCUACCAUUUGUUUAGCAGUUUACAGGGAACUGCCAGAAUUGGCUCGUCAUUUUAUAAUUCGGCUUUUAUUUGUUGAACAACCGGUCCCACAAGCUGUAGUGGCCUCAUGGGUCACCCAAACCCAUGCUAAAGAACAGAAUAAGGCAUGCGAGGCUUUGUCUGAACUUUCAGUUUGGCAUGAAGCACCGAUACCUGGUGGGUUGCCAGGAUGGCUCCUAGCACAGUCUUUUAAGAAAAACUUAAAAGUUGCCUUACUUGGAGGUGGGCGGCCAUGGAGUAUGUCACAAACACUAGAACCAGACGGCAAGGCUAGAGACAUAACAUUCCUUGACGCCUAUGCUCUUGAAAGAUGGGAGUGUGUAUUACAUUAUAUGGUUGGCAGUCAGCAGACUGAGGGUAUAAGUGCAGAUGCUGUUAGAAUAUUACUACAUGCAGGAUUAAUGACGAGAGAUGCCGAAGAUGGAUCAGCCGUAAUAACUAAAGCAGGGUUUCAGUUCCUCUUACUUAGCACAGCCAAACAGGUUUGGCUUUUCCUACAACAUUAUUUACAAACAGCAGAGAAGAGAAAUUUAAGUUCCGCAGAAUGUUUAGCUUUUCUUUACCAGCUCAGUUUUAGUACGCUAGGAAAGGACUACAGUACAGAGGGCAUGAGCAACAACAUGCUGGUGUUUUUGCAACAUUUGAGAGAAUUCGGUCUUGUUUAUCAGAGAAAGCGUAAAGCCGGUCGUUUCUAUCCCACACGACUCGCGCUUAACAUCACCUGCGUACGCGACGGCGUCGCCCCGUUAGAAGCAAAACGAACCCAAGGUUAUAUUGUGGUGGAGAGUAACUAUCGUUUAUACGGAUACACACAGAGUACCCUGCAAGUUGCCCUUCUGGGAUUGUUCACAGAAUUGAUGUACAGGUUCCCUAAUCUGGUGGUGGGGGUGAUCACUCGCGAGUCAGUGCGUCAGGCGUUCCGCGGUGGAAUAUCAGCUGAACAGAUUAUCAAAUUCUUGGAACAACAUUCUCAUCCACAGAUGUUAAAGACCGAAUCGGGUGGGAUUAGAACGACAUCAGUGCUGCCACCUACCGUGGUGGAUCAGAUUAGGCUGUGGGAGAGCGAAAGGAACCGCUUCACUUACACCGAGGGUGUAGUCUACAACCAGUUUCUGUCCCAGGCGGAUUUCGUUGUACUGCGAGACUACGCGCGCGCGCAAGGUGUUUUGAGUUGGCAGAACGAGCGCACGCGCACGAUGGUAGUGACGCGCUCGGGGCACGAUGACGUCAAAAAAUUCUGGAAGCGGUACUCCAAGUCAUCUUGA